GAGCAGCUCCAGUUGUAGUGGGGCUCUUACUGCUGAGUCUCUGGAAGGGAGUCGUGCUUGGCGUCCCCCGACACACCCAAAGGAACGAAGGGAACCGGGACCCCCCCCACCCUGCGGGGACCCGGAACUGGUAAGAAACCCCGAAACCGUGUCCCCCCCGAAACGUCACCUAUGCGUGACGUUGUCGCACGGCGCCUCCCCCUGACGUCACAGGCAGAAAAUGGCGUCAAGAGCAGAAUUGGGCAAACUUUUAAAAUUAAAAACAUUUUUUGUUUACUUUGAUCUGGAAGUGUUCGCUACCUAACUGUAGUCCAUCGGCACCCUCGUGGCUACAUCCUUUAGCGAUGAAGAUGCUGUUUCAAGGGUCCCAAUGACUGAUCUCUUUCCAGGUCCCCGCAGCCUUGACAUUUAGGGUGUCCCACACUGUGAGGGAGCAUCGACCCACCACGGUCUGAGAGGACAUGUGGGAUCCAUUUUCAGCCCCUAGUGCCACUACUCAGAGAUGAGGGAAUUGAGGCUUCUUCCUCAAUCUUCAGCCUCUCAAAGACUCAUGUUCAGUAUGUUGGCCACUGUGCCCACACAUCCUGUGGCGGUAGAGGAGCAUAAUGGGGCCACAUACGAGGGUUUAGAAUCGGGACACUGGCCCUCGCAGAGAUGCUGCCUGUCGGUAACUUGUAGGACCAUUUUUUGAAGCGUGGCCUUGGCUGUUACACAACAUGGGGAAUGUUUUUAUCUUUCUCAUUGUUUGUUUUUCUUAAUUAAGCUGUCCUCAGUUUGGAGAUGUUUGUGCCCAGCUCAGUUACCCGACCCAGGAGAUGGCGCUACCAUCACCCCUGGGACUCCAGCGUUUGGUGAAUUCUGCCUGAUGGGGCUGACAGUGGUUCUUCACUCUCCUUUGCCCCCGCGGCAGUGGGGCCUAAGUGCUGGCUUGGGUCUUGUCUGUGCUAUGACAAGGUCCACGUAGUGCCGUGAUUAUGGGCCUCUAACGUAGUUUUUGAAGCAGGGUUGGAAGAAAGCACUAUAAUAUUUUAAUGUAUGGGAUUGAGUGGACUUUGAUCCAUAAGUUAGGACUCAAAAGAGUUUGAAAACUCCCAACGUGAAAGCACAUAGUGUUUGGGACAUUCUGUUUUUAGGACAUCUAGAAAGACUAAACCCAGCAAGAUUGCAAGUUUCAGAGUGUGCUGGUGUUAUAUAUGUCUGUGCUUAAAUAGAUUCAUUCAUUUGUUUCUGAAGUCUGAAAACUUUAUUCCAUAGGAAGGGGUUCAUUUGUCAACUUACAUGAAAGUUUUUUUUGGUGUUAAGUUAUCCCUAUGCUGUACUAGCACUCAACAAAGAGCAGUUCUUGAAGCAUUUCAUUUGGAGAGUUAAAGGCAGACUGUAAAAAAGAGAAGCGUUAUGACACUUAGAAAAUUUGUAUAGAUUUGGCAGCCAAAAUGAAUGAAAGGGGCUUCCCUGGUGGCGCAGUGGUUGAGAGUCCGCCUGCCGAUGCAGGGGACACGGGUUCGUGUCCCAGUCCGAGAAGAUCCCACAUGCUGUGGAGUGGCUGGGCCCGUGAGCUGUGGCCGCUGGGCCUGCAUGUCCGGAGCCUGUGCUCCGCAACGGGAGAGGUCGCAGCAGUGAGAGGCCCGCGUAGUGCAAAAAAAAAAAAUGAAUGAAAGGAACAGAGCUUGUAGAUCAAAAACUUACUUUUAGAACCGUUUUUUCCCACAGUAGCAUAUGUUAAGAUAUAUGCUGGCAUAUAUUAAAAUCAGAUAGCAUAUAUUAAAGUCAGCCUGGUUUCUAAUGUUUUGUAGCAUAUACUGUUACACGCUGAGUAUCUGUAAGCCACACAAUAGGUGUGACUAAUGGGACUGAUUCUUUUGAUAUAUCUAUCAGAACAUUAAUUCUUCAGGUCAGUAUAUAUUUAAAAAUAGACAUCUUGGUAAGCUGUGUACUUUUCUGUUUUAAAUUUCCUUUAGGGUUUAAGUUAUAAACCACAUGAGAGAGCAGUAACCUGUUAGAAUAUUAGACUUAAGAGUCGGAAGAUUUAUGAUCAAGGGUCAGCUCCUCCAUUUGAGCUUUGUGACUUUGGGCAGUUCACAGAACCUCAGUUUUUUCAUCUGUGCAUUUUUAAAAUCUUUCUUCCGUCCUUCUUUCCUUCUUCCCUCCCCCACCCCUUCCUUUCUGCCGUGCCAGGUCUUAGUUCAGGCACGUGGGAUCUUUAGUUGCGGCAUAUGGGCUUUUUACUUGCAGCAUGCAUGUGGGAUCUAGUUCCCUGACCAGGGAUCGAACCUGGGCCCCCUGCAUUGGGAGCACGGAAUCUUACCUGCUGGACCACCAGGGAAGUCCCUCAUCUGUGCAUUAGAUCCAGUAUUUGCUUGUAGCAUAUGUUACCACUGAUUGUUAAAUAAAUGUAAGGUGUUAGUAUAAGAGAUUGAGUUCACUGGUUUUUAGACACACCUAUUUUAUUUUGGUUUGGUUUCCAUUGUAAGCCUUAAAUUUGGCUCCAAGUAAGUUUUAUUGGUUGGCUCUUUCCAAGAAUCUUAUCUCUGUAACAUGUUUAGUAUAGUGCCUAGCAAUAUUAGGUACUAUAAAUGAUAGAUAUUGAUAUAAUGAUUACUUUUAUUAAAUCAUCAAAAUAGGCUAUGGACUCUGAGGGCAACCAAGACAGCAUGAUUGGAUGAUGCAUUAGCUGCUUUAAAGAGGACGAAGCUCUUGAGGAUAUGGAAAGUCUAAUUAUGAUUAACCUCCUUGUAUAGAAAGUAUUUAGAUUAGUUUUUUUUCAGCUUUAUUAAGAUAUAAUUGAUAUAAAAUAUAACCGUACACAUUAAAGUGUACAGUUUGAUGUGUUUUGAUAUGAGUUAACACCCAUGAAACCAUCACCCCCCAAAUUCCAAAAUGCCCUUUUAUAAUCCUUUCAUCCGAGCCCCUUCCCACCUAUUCUUAGCCCUAGGUAACCACUGGUCUGCUUUCUGUCACUACAGGUUAGUUUGCAUUUUCUAGAAUUUUAUGUAAAUGAAAUCAUACAGUAUGUAUGCUUUUUUUAACCUGUUUCCUUCCACUCAGCAUAAUUAUUUUGAGAUUCAUCCAUGUUAUGUAUAUUGAUAAUUUCAGACCAGUAAUUUCUGAAUAAUUUAUCCUAUUGAUUUUGUUUGGUGUCUUCUGUUUUUUUUUACUUAUAGACCUGUGGUGGACAGACUUGGGAAAGACCAUUGCUAGAUGUGAAAGCUUGGGGUAGGCGAGAAGUCCUACUGUACCUUCCUAGACAGAAAGGCUUCAAAGUGGGACUGGUUAAGCCUAUCUUAAUCAUGGUCUUUCUGAGUUACCCAAACUCUGGUCGGUAUUGUACAGAAAAUGCUUAAUGAUGAAUCCCCUCAUUAUUUGUGUUGGGCGGUGGUGUGGGGAAAAGCUUAGGACUAAUCUGCAUUAUUCUGGUAUUGCUUUCUCUUGCUCCUAAUUUUUAGUCAUGCGUUCUUACCUUUUUAUUGGAAAUAUGUGCCAAUUUAUGUUUAAACCAAUUAUUUAUUCAGAAUUUUGAACAGUAGAAUGGAGGCCAAGUGUCCGUUGUAAAAUAAAUAGUAAUUUUGAGUACCAACAUUUUCUUUUCACAGGACAGGGUCUAUAUUGUAUUUUGUCUCUACCUAGAUAUUCAGUUUUCUUCUAGACCCCUGACCUUUUCUAAGCCACAAAGCAGAACUCGUUCAGAUCUGUAAGGUACAAAAAUAAACAUAGGGUAAACAACAGCGGGUAAGGUACCUUUGGAGUUCAAGAAACAGAACUGUAUAUCCUGAAGUCUGUUUCUUGGAGGGGGGAGGGAAUGUGGGGUGCUGGAAGGGGAGGAAAAAUAUAAAUGAGGUUCUUAUGUAUUGAUGUCCUCUUCUCAGAUCUGCUACAAUGGCAUCCGAUGACUUUGAUAUAGUGAUUGAGGCCAUGCUGGAGGCUCCCUAUAAAAAAGAGGAGGAUGAGCAGCAAACUAACGAGGUUGAAAAGGAGAGCCCUAGUAACACCACCAACAGCACCAGCUGUACCGGCAGCAGUGGCAGUGGCACCAGUGGGAGCAGCGCCAGUGGGGAGGCAGGCAGGAAGAAGAGGAGUCGGAGCCAUAGUAAAAGCAGGGAUAGAAAACGCAGUCGUAGUCGAGACCGUCAUAGGCGGAGAAGCAGUCGGAGCCGGAGUCGAGAUCGGCAGCGUCGUCACCGCAGCCGUAGCUGGGAACGUCGACAUAGUAGUGAGUCACGAAGUCGAGACCGACGUCGUGAGGAUCGUGUGCGCUACAGGAGUCCACCGCUUGCCACUGGGCGUAGGUAUGGACACAGUAAGAGUCCUCAUUUCCGGGAGAAGAGCCCAGUCAGGGAGCCAGUUGAUAAUCUGAGUCCUGAGGAGCGGGAUGCCCGCACGGUGUUCUGUAUGCAGUUAGCUGCCCGCAUUCGGCCUCGGGACCUGGAGGACUUUUUCUCGGCUGUUGGCAAGGUUCGAGAUGUACGUAUCAUCUCAGAUCGGAACUCACGUCGUUCUAAGGGCAUUGCCUAUGUGGAAUUCUGUGAGAUCCAGUCUGUGCCACUUGCCAUUGGGCUGACCGGACAGCGGCUGCUGGGAGUGCCUAUCAUUGUACAGGCCUCACAGGCUGAGAAAAACCGACUGGCAGCCAUGGCCAACAACCUGCAGAAGGGCAGUGGUGGACCAAUGCGCCUCUACGUGGGCUCCCUGCACUUCAAUAUCACCGAGGACAUGCUCCGGGGCAUCUUUGAGCCCUUUGGCAAAAUUGAUAAUAUUGUCCUGAUGAAGGACUCAGAUACAGGCCGCUCUAAAGGUUAUGGUUUUAUUACGUUCUCUGACUCUGAGUGUGCCCGCCGGGCCCUGGAACAGUUGAAUGGCUUUGAGCUUGCUGGUCGGCCUAUGAGGGUUGGCCAUGUGACCGAGCGACUGGAUGGUGGCACAGAUAUCACUUUUCCUGAUGGAGACCAGGAUCUGGAUCUGGGAUCAGCGGGUGGACGUUUGCAGCUCAUGGCCAAAUUGGCAGAAGGCUCUGGAAUCCAGCUGCCGACCACUGCUGCUGUUGCCCAAGCUGCUGCCUUGCAACUGAAUGGAGCAGUUCCUUUGGGGGCCCUGAACCCAGCGGCUUUGACGGCUCUGAGUCCGGCCCUGAACCUCGCCUCCCAGGCAAUCGCCUCCCAGUGCUUCCAGCUUUCCAGCCUCUUUACCCGCCAAACCAUGUGAGUCUCAAGGCCCAGCUCAUUUCAGUGUUCACAGUUAACUUUCUUUCCUCCGGCUUCCCGUUUACAUCUUCUCCAUGCCACAGGUAAUUAGUGGCGCAGUCCACUGCCUACCUGUGCCUCUGGGUCCUGCCACUCCCUUCUCCACGUCUACCCUUCCAUGGCCCCUUCUCUCCAUUCUGUGGACCAAACCAUCCUGAGGGUGUGAACAUUGACGGUGGGGGAACUGGGACCCCCUAGGACACCAAGAAGAGCUCCUGCCCACCGCAGCCGCAGUGGGAAUGGACUCUGGUGAGCAAAGCUGCCAGUUGAAGAGAACAGAAUCUGCACUUGAAUUGAACAUCUGUUUCUCUGUAUUUAUCGUCUCCUGGGAUGACCUUCCUUGCCCUUUACAACCACCUCUUACUGAUUCCUUGAUUCCUCCCCCAUUGGGAAGGCCAUAGGGCAUUAACUGAAGGAACUAACCGCUCUUUGCCUGCCUGUACCUUUACUGUACGGUCUGUCACGGAAAACCUUUAAGACCUCUGGUCUGUGAGGACUUUGGGGUUUGAGGGAGUGAACCUUGAAAGUGCUGGCUUGCUGCUACAAGGGCCCUGGAAGAUAGCACAGACGUGUGUUGGGAAGCCUGCCUUAAACCUUAGCUUGGGGCCAGAACUGCUACUGUGGGCUCAACAUCUUGCUGGGAGGUGUGGGAAUGAUCUCUCCUGCCAGCCAUUUUGGAUGUCUUAGGGGCAUUCGGGAGUUCAGUGAAAGGUGGGGUACCUUUCUGGUAUCUUCCAUCUUCCUUUGUGUAGUUGUCCUUCCUUUGGCCCAGGGUGGGAGGAUGGAGGGGAGGCUGCUUCUCUCCACCACUUCCAUGUGCCUCUGGAGACUGUGGGCUCAGGCCCAGCUGGGCACACGUGAGUCCUUCUCACUGUAUUUUAUACCCUUGUGUCUGUGUACAUAAAUAUAAAUAUAUAUAUAUAUAUAAACUUUGUACAAAAGGCAGGUCCCACGGUUGUGGCGGCGGCUGCCCAAGUGUGGUCUCGGUCCAGUGGUGUGUCUGUCUGACGUUAACUUCUCCUGAGCCAAAACCACGAAUGGUUCUAGGGAUAUAAAACAUUUGUAAUGCUAUUAAGUUUUCUUUUCUUUAUUUUAAUUUUUUAAAUAUCUGAUCUUUAGAAAGAAAAACAGACAAAAGGCACACAUGCCAUCUGUAUCUGCUUUAUACUCCCGUGGUCUUUAUGCCCCGUGGUCUCCUUCUGUCUUUAUCUUGAUUAUCUCCAAACCUCCCUGCCUAGUGGACAGACCUCCAGGCUCCCUCUCUCUGCCUGGGGACAGAUCUUGUCUUUCCACCAGAUGGCAGUGUGACAGUAGCACAUUCUGCACCUUGCUCUAAGGGUGUUUCGUGAUCCUGAGGAGCUUAAGUACCAGAGAAGCCUUCUAAGCUCACCAUUCUUACUUUGUUGAGCUCUGUACCCGCCUUUGGACCUUUUUGUAGUAGACAUCCAGUCCAAUAUCCAAAGGGGUUUGGGCAUUAUACAUCAGGGCUCCCCAGGCCUUAAGUCUGUCAUUGUUUGCCCUUUCAGUCCCCCCAACUCUUCUUUCCAAUGGCUUUGAUAACACAGGCCUGAGUCCGAUUGAUGAAUUUCCAGGGAGCUGAGUAUUCCACACAUGGCCCUUCCAAAGGUGAGGGCACACCUUCCUCUGCCUGCUUUGUAAGGCUUAGAACAAGGGGCUAGUCCAGAGCCUGGCUCACCAACUAGGGACCAACCAAAAGGAGAAGGUCUGAAGUUCAGGGACAGGGCUCUGUGGGCUUCCUCCAUUCUUUACUGGUCUCUGUGCAACAGAAUGUUGAGAGUGUAUUGUCAUGCUAAAAAUUUGGAUAAUUGCUGCUAGGUUUUAACUUGUCAGUUAAGGCUUCUAAGCAGAAUGAUGGUUUUUUAGUGGUUAGCUUAUGACGUUGCUCUUUACACUGCAGUGUUAAGUACCUGAAACCUACUUGUGGCAUAAAAGGCCACUGGGACUCUGGAGGGACUUCCAGGCUGCUGCAGUCUCACCCACUGUCACCCCUACCCCUUCCCUGUACUAAUUUGCUCUCUGGACCUGGGAGAAGGGAAGGAGGCCACGUUAUUUUCAGGUAGGAGCAGCUGACUAAGGCCCAGUCCUUUGCAGUUAUUGAUGCAGCUGCUAAGGCAACCUGACCUCAGUGCAGACCAUUUUUAUGCAUCCUCCUGAGGCUAUGGGCCAGGCCUCCUCAUGGCAGUCUUGAACAUCUUCAAACUGUAGGUACCCCCAGGCCUUGCUUCCUGCCCUCAGGUGGGCCCCCCCGCACUGCUCAGUUUCCUUAUACUCCCAUUCCUAGCUGCUUUGGCCUUCCUGCAUUUUGGGUCCUUCCACCUCAGUUCUUCCUUGCUCCUUGUUCUUAGAGGCUUGCGUAGCUUUUUGCUGGGAGAGAGACAAGGAUGGAAGUAAGGGAAUGUCAAAGACAACUUCUUUUCUAGUCUUAACCUACAUAAGGUGACAACGUCUAGUGGGUAACAGCCAGUGUCACUGCGUGUGACUCAGUGCCUUCUUAUUAUUCAUCCUUCUAUAGAGGGUGGUUGGAGUGGAGAGAAGGGGCAGUGAACAGCCUCUGGGCCCAGCCUAAUGUAAAGGAGCCUCCCUCAACCUCCUGCCUGAGCAUGGUGGCUAAGGUGGGAGUAGAGAUGAGACUGUUGCCCAGGUCUGUUCCCAGCGCAGUUAGAAUUUCCCCACGAGUCCUCAAUUCUAAAUGGGAUUUUUCACUUGACUUUCGGCUUAUAGCCUCCACUUCUCUCUUUUCUAAGGCAGUGGCAUUCCUCCCUGUUCUUUAAACUGCUGUGUUCUUUACAUUGGGAUUCACCCUACUUCUUUCUUAGGCUCUGUGGGCUACCAGUGGAAGCAGGGUUGUGACCUAUGAACCUUUAGUCUUGGUGCUUCUAAGGAAGAGAAAUGAGCUAAAAACUUGGAGGUAUUCUGUCACAGCCCCUGUUUUCUAUUCAAGAGUCUGGUGCGAAUCAGGAAGUAUUACUUGGACUGGGAUUUCCCUGGUGGUCCAGUGGGUAAGACUCCACGCUCCCAAUGCAGGGCGGCCCAGGUUCGAUCCCUGGUCAGGGAACUAGAUCCUGCAUGCAUGCCGCAACCAAGAAGCUUGCAUGCUGCAACUGGAAAAAAUUAAGUGGGGGGGAGUAUUACUUGGACAGUGCGAAGAGGCUGUCCUGGCACCAAAAAGUGGAGCGGUUAACAAUUAAUGAGAAUUUACGUUUAUGCAGGAUUUGGUGUGGGUUAGGCAUUGUUCUAAUCAUUUUAUAUGUAUUGAAUUGUUUAAUCCUCACAACGACCCCUCUGAAGUAGAUUCUUUUAUUAUCUUUACUUUGUUAAUGAGGAAACUGAUACCCCAAAGGUUAAGUAACUUGUCCCCCGAUAAUGCAGUUAGCAAGUUUGGGAUUUCAGUCCAGUCUAGCUUCAGAUCCCUUGAUCUUAAUCUUAACCUGCCUCAACAACACUGUGGAAGCCAAAGCCUUGGAGUCAUGGGGAAGUGUCACUUUUUCUGUCUCUUUACUCAUAGUUCUCAGUAUAUCCUGAAUUCUUCCACUUCCAUGUCUACUGUCUUGUUCUCUUUUCCUGCCCCUCUUUACUGGUCAAAAUCCUGUCCUUUAAGACUGAUAAUUUCCUAGUUGAAGUUGAUUUUCCUUUUCAGUAUUCUUGGUCCUAUGUAGGUCUUAUUCUGACUUUAUUUACAGUUCUUUGUAAACUCUGUUACUAGAUGGUUAUAGCUUGAUGAAGCCAGUCAUAGAUGUGUCUUUUUCAUUACUGGUUUUUUUUUUUGCUGUACGCGGGCCUCUCACUGUUGUGGCCUCUCCCAUUGCGGAGCACAGGCUCCGGACGCGCAGGCUCAGCAGCCAUAGCUCAUGGGCCCAGCCGCUCGGUGGCAUGUGGGAACUUCCCGGACCGGGGCACGAACCCGCAUCCCCUGCAUCGGCAGGCGGACUCUCAACCCUGCGCCACCAGGGAAGCCCAUUCAUUACUGUUUUGUUUGCACAUAUUUCGUAUCUGUUGAGUUGAAUUAAUUCCCCUCAGUUCAAGUCAGAGCCAGGCUUUCCAGAGGCUGUCCCUUCUAGCCUGCUUUUCCUAGCAGUCUCGUCCAUUUCUUCCUCACCGCUGGAAGAGAGGAGGCAGCUUUACUCUUUUUGGUGUUACCAUGGUAGCCUGUGAAGCUUUCUAAAGUGCUGCUUGCCACCACGAGAGACUGAUGUUUCCAUGACAACCAGGUGAAGUCAGUAGUCAUGAGCUGAAUGCAGGAAAGGGGUUCUGAUCUGAAGCUGUGUGUCUGAAUCUUCUGACUUCAGAUAUCCCCCCCUUCCCUCCCAACUUUUGCACUCUAUAUCCAGAAUUGAUUGCUUGCAAAGUGUAUUCUUUUUUUUUUUUUUUUGGCUGCAUUGUGUCUUCGUUGCAGUGUGAAGGCUUCUCAUUGCAGUGGCUUCUUGUUGCAGAGCACGGGCUCUAGGCGCACAGGCCUUUACAGUUGCGGCACGCAGGCUCAGUAGUUGUGGCUCGCAGGCUCUAGAGUGCAGGCUCAGUAGUUGUGGUGCAUGGGCUUAGUUGCUCCACAGCAUGUGGGAUCUUCCCGGACCAGGCCUCGAACCUGUGUCUCCUGCAUUGGCAGGCGGAUUCUUAACCACUGCGCUGCCAGGGAAACCCCUCAAAGUGUGUUCUUGGUUGAGAGAGCUCUGUGUGAGGUGAAGCAGACCAGUCAACUUAGAUCGUGUGGGAAGAUGGAGGCAAGGAAAGAGAUGAUCAAAGAUCACUUUUAAAAGUUGGAUGAGUUCUCUUGGCUCUCCGAGACGAUCUGCUCUCAGGAGCCCUUAAGGAGUUGGGUGGAGUUACUGGAGACCCAUUAAGCAGUUAUUUUUGAGGGCAGUGGGUGGAUGAGGUGCCUGAAGAUUGGAAAAGAGCCAGUCGGUGCUGGAUUGCAAGAGGGAAACAAUGACCUUGGAAAUCAGAGACUUGUCAGACUCUUGCCAAUAUUCCAGAAAGGAUGGGAACUUGAGUCAGCUUUCAAGCAUCCUGAAGCCUACCUGUUUAAAAUGAAUGGUGCUGAGAAUUAGCCUCCUUCUCCCACUUCCUGGGCCCAACCAGGGGACCUCCACCCUGUAGCAGAAAGAUCAUACUCUAGAACAACACCAAGUGGUUCCGAUCUCUCUUCUGCCACAAACCAGCUGAGUAAGCUUAGGUGUUACUUCUCUAACUCAGACUCCUCCCUUUUAGAAAGGAGAUGAUAACAGUAGUACCUGUCUCGGGGAUGUUGUGAGGAUUCAAUGAGAUGAUAACCUGUAGAGGCCUUAGAACGUGAUAGCUUCCCAUUCCUCUGGAUGCCUACAUACUUGACUUUCUACCUGACCUAAUUCUCCUCCCCAACUUUGAGAAUGCUCGAGAUUUACAGGGGCAGAACUGAUGGUGGGGCAAUGGUGAAAAUAAACCUUCAUUGUUCCUGGGCUAAAGUCCCAGGCUUACAAGGUCCUAGGUCACAUACAGUCAGGCUACCUUUCAGGAAAACAAAUCCCACUGGUCAAAUCUCUUUAUACUUGAAACUCUAUAAUCAGGUUACAACCAGAUGGCUUUGGAAAAUCAAGGUGGGCCCCUCAAGUACCUUCAGGAUACCUAGUGCCCUUUGCUUGGUCUGGCUAGGGAAAAUCCCAGAGCAGUCUCUGUUAUAGUCCUUUGCAAGCAUCCCCCCUAAUCUCCCCCAAGCAUUCCUAUAGCACCUGUCUUUGUGGUCUCCAGAGCCUAGCCCUACCUACUCUGGCAGUUUCCUUUCAGAAUAGUGUUUUAAAUCAGCACAGGUCCUCUGCCUAAAGUUGUAAUUUGAACAGAAAAAUGGGAAACUGUAGUAUAAUACCACCCUUAGGCUUCAGUUGCCAAUCUUCCCCCCAAAACUACCCAAACAAGAGAUCCGAUAAUGGGUUACCUGUGAGUCUUGCGGGAGGCUGUUGGACUUUGUGGACCACAACUUAAAUUUGUAUCUCCAGAGUGGUGCCAUGCUUUGAGAGAUUAGCAUGUUACAUGGUUGCCUGAAUAAGGGACCAGACACAGGUUGCAAAAAAACAUUGCUUCUAGGGCUUCCCUGGUGGCGCAGUGGUUGAGAGUCCGCCCGCCGAUGCAGGGGACGCGGGUUCGUGCACCGGUCCGGGAAGAUCCCACAUGCUGCAGAGUAGCUAGGCCCGUGAGCCAUGGCCGCUGAGCCUGCGCGUCCGGAGCCUGUGCUCCGCAACGGGAGAGGCCACAACAGUGAGAGGCCCGCGUACCGCAAACAAAAACAAAAACAAAAGAAAAACAUUGCUUCUAAAUCAACUAUACUCCAAUAAAAAUUUUUUAAAAAAGAAAAAUAAUAAUUUUUGUAAAAAGCAUUACUUCCCACUGCUCAUUUGUAUAAUCAUGAAGAUAUUUGCAUUUUUAUCUAGUCCUCAUGAUUAUCCUACAGGAUAGGUAUUAUUAUCCUCAUUUUAUUUAUUUAUCUAUUUAUUGGCCACGCCUUGUGGCAGGCAGGAUCUUAGUUCCCACCGGAAGUGCAGAGUCCUAACCACUGGGCCGCCAGGGAAGCCCUUAUUCUCCUUUUAUAAUUGGGAAGAGCUGAGGUUCAGAAAGACAAGAGAGGUUAAGAGUGACUUUCUCCAUAGACUUCCAUCCAGAAAAUAGUGAGCAUGAGUGCCAGGUAAAAGGCUUGCACAGCCCCAUUGAAUUUAUAUUCAUGCCUUGAGUUUACAAGGCCACCAAGCUGUAGAGUCAUGACAUCAAGACUCAAAUUCCUUGAGUAUUUCCAUCAGAGAGCCACCAGGUGAUAAAGGACUAAGAAGCAGAAUGCUCUUGUCUGGUUUUGGGACCCUUUGACAUCCUCCCAAAUUUUGCUUCCUUCUGUACAGGGAGGGUCUUUACCUCAUCAUGUGGCAGGCUGCCCACCAUUUCUCCUGUACAUUUGCUCAUGUGGUUUUGCCGCAAGACAUUUCUUUUCCUUCUUUCCCCCAUCUAUCUACAGCCUAUUGUAUAACCUUCAAGGCCCAGUUCCUAAAACAUGUCUUCCAAAUGUUCUGUCUCUUCCAUUCAGACUCUUAGAGCACGUGAUAUAGCUUGCAGUUAGAUAGUCAGAAUGUGGUAUAGUUUGCUGCUGUUUUGGCCAUGGUAGUGCUGCCUCCAACUUGGCCUGUCUCUCCAGCUCAAUUGUAAGCUGCUUAAGGGCAGGGAUAGUGCCUUAUCUGUAUUUGUUUUCUCUGUAGGGCCCAGCACAGUGACUGGCAUAUGGCAGUACUUGAGCAGAGCAACAAGCAUUUGUAGAUGAAGGAUUAAAACGUCCAGGAAGAUUUUACUUAGACUGAUGUGGAUUGGAACAAUUAGAUUAAUAAAAAGAUGUAUGUAUGGGUGGACUUUCUGGGGGUGAGGAUUUAAUGCAGAAGACUUGCGGAGUGUCCUUCCAUGACUCCGGCAGUCCUUCAGAAGAGGAGAGCCCCUGUUCCAGUCUCUAAAGAGGGUUAGAUGCAGCAGGGCAGAAAGGCCCAGUUGUAAGCGGAGGCCCAGAGCAGAGGGAUAACUUCUAAGACAGGACUGGCCUCACUUCUGGCCUCUCAGGGAGAGAACACCCAGUCUAUGCUCUUGGCCAAUGAGGAGGCCUUGUGGGCCAGGAGGCAUGGGGUUAGUAGAGGUUGGGCAGGGACUCGGCUGAUAAGGGAGCACAGACCCCAAGUCAAAAUUACAGUGGUUAAGAGGAGCACGGGGCUUCCCUGGUGACUCAGUGGUUAAGAAUCCGCCUGCCAAUCUGCCUGCUCGAACCCAGGUUCAAGCCCUGGUCCGGGAAGAUCCCACAUGCCCGGAGCAACUAAGCCCGUGCACCACAACUACUGAGCCUGCGCUCUGGAGCCCGCAUGCCACAACUACUGAAGCCCGUGCACCUAGAGCCCAUGCUCCGCAACAGGAGAGGCCACCGCAGUGAAAAGCCUGCACACCGCAACAAAGAGUAGCCCCUGCUCUCUGCAACUAGAGAAAGCCGCGCGCAGCAACAAAGACCCAACAGAGCCAAAAAUAAUAAAUAAAUAAAUUUAUUUUUAAAAAAAAAGAGGCGCAUGAGGGCAGAGAGGAUCUUACCUGGCACAGGCAGCUCAGCAUCGGGCCCCUUUGCUGGUCUCAUGCCAGCGCAGAUCAGCAGCCUGGGCUUACUUUGCCUUGAUCAGAGGGAGGGAGAAGAGUGGCUAGGAUCUCAGAGAAGACCCCACCUCUCCCAAGUCUAGCAGGAGUGGGGCUUCAGCUUCUGUCUGUUCUGAGCUCUUUCCUGUAGGCGUCUGGAGGGAACACACAGAUGGGUCGGGCUGAUGGAACUGGCUGAGUUGGGGGGAGGGAAGCUUGUGGCGUGUGUGGCUCCCCUCAUGGGGGAGGUCCUGCUGUCAUCAUCUUUAGACUUCUGCCACAUGAAAGGCACUGGGCCUUCUGGUUCCUCAUUCUCCCCUCCUGCCACAUUUGACCAGUGGUGGUACUCUUCCUCUAGAAAACCCUUCUCCCUGGGCAAUAGCCACUACCAGCUCAACCCUAGUUCCUCCACCACUUCUUUGGCAGCUGCAUCCCCACCUUCUCUAUCUGCCUGUCCCCAGGAUUCUCUCUUUGGUCCCUCUUCUUUCUCUGGAACACCAAAGCUUUGUUUUGUUUUAAAUGAUUUAGCUUAGGGACUUCCCUGGUGGCACAGCGGUUAAGAAUCCGCCUGCCAAUGCAGGGGACAUGGGUUCGAUCCCUGGUCCGGAAAGAUCCCACAUGCUGCGGAGCAACUGAACCCAUGUGCCACAACUACUGAGGCUGUGAGCCACAACUACUGAAGCCUGCAUGCCUAGAGCCCGUGCUUUGCAACAAGAGAAGCCACCACAAUGAGAAGCCUGCCCACCGCAACAAAGUAGCCCCCGCUCUCCGCAACUAGAGAAAACCCGCGAGCAGCAACAAAGACCCAAUGCAGCCAAAAAUAAAUACAUUUAUUUUAAAAAGUUAUUUAUUUAGCCAUAGUUAAAAACCCAAAAGGUAGAAAAAAGGCAUGCAGUGAAAAGUAAACCUCCUACACUUGUCGUCCACCCACCCAGUUCCCCUUCUCAGCAGCAGUCAGUACCAUCCCGGCUUGUGAUUUGUUGGGUCACAGACCCCUUUGGAAAUCUGAUGAAAUUCAUGAACCUAUUAGACAAAUGCAUGACUGCACAAACGCAUCAGAUUGUACCAUUUCACAAGAAUCACAGACCCCUAAAACCCAUGUGUGGUUUGAGGCUAAGGAUCCCAGCCUGUAUUGCACCCUCUUAGUCUCUCCCUUAGUGGGUCCCUGGUGCAAAAUGAAAAUGCAGGGUUCCUUCUUCAAGGAGCCUCGUUCAAGUGACAGCAGAGCAUUAAACUAAGCAUGGGGCCCUGUGCGACUGCCCUGCAUCUCAUCCUUUCCUCUGGCUUUUCUACUACCAUUGGUAUGGCAAUUAUUCUCCUAUCUGUGUCUCUUGCCCUAACUUGUUCUGAAUUUCAGACUCAGCUGUCCAGGGAUGUAUUUCUGAGCAUCUCAAACUCAAGAGUCUCCAAAAUGGAGCCAUUUACCGGCUACCUCCCCUGCCCCCUAACUCCCAGUUCCUCACCAUCCUCCCAUCACCUGCAACUUCUCCCUGUCUUUAUACCCAGCCACUCAGUUGCAAGUCCCACAGAUUCUGACUGUAAGUUCCAUGCCGCCUCUCCUUUCCCACUGCCAUCUCCCUCAGUGUGGUCCUUCAUUACCUUCCAUGUGUAUUUCUGUGAUUGUCCCCUAAACUCAUCUCUUCAGGCCUUGCCUCUGCUGCUUCAGUCCAUCUCCUUGCCUCCCCUUCCCAAAGGACCAGCCCCAUCAUGUCACUUACACACUCAAAACCCUUCAGUGACUCUCACUGCCUACAGAAUUGGGCACAAACUCCUUUGCCUGGCAUUUAAGGUCCUUUGCAAUAGGGCUCCCAAACUUCUUUUCAGUGCUCAUCUCAGCCCUCCUCUUCAUGUCCCUGAGGUUUCAACGCAACUAUAGGACCAUCUGGUCCCUUAACGCGCCCAGUGUGUUUUCCUGCAGUUUACAAUUUGCACUGCCGCUGUUCCUGGUCCCCAGAGUUUAGAGCUGGCUUACGCCACUAUAGCCGUGUAAUUUCUCUGGCCCUUUUACCACAGCCACUGCCCAUGGCUCUGCCCAUAGUGUCCCCUGCAUUCUUUCUACUGUCCCUCUCCCUCUUCCCCUCAUCCUCACUGAAGGGGAACCUCAGAUGUAAGGCUGGAUACAAUCACCAUUAAGUAUCAAGAAGACGAGAGUGCAAUCCCAGCUCUAUUGCUUAUUGACCUCAGGCAAGUUACUGUUUCUUCCACAGUAAAAGAGGUAGUGACACCAUAUAGUCAUUAAAGAAUUGAGAUAAAUAAAGUCCUAAGGAUAGUGUCAUUAUUCAUAUCAUCAUCUCAUCACCUGUGCUGGGCUGGUCCCCCUUGGCUCCUCCCCAGCUGCAAGGACUCAGGAGACAUCUCAUCCCUCUUUCCAUCGAGUUCUGGGAAGUUGGGUGGGGUAGAGUGGAGGCCUGGCCCUCAGGUGCUCGGGUAGCUGUAUUGUAUGUCUAGGGGUGAGGGGAACUGCUGCCUCUGCUCUUUGUUCAGACUCUUAGCUCAGGCAGCAGCAGGCGUGGGCGUCCCCAGGGGAGGCACUGACAGCUUCAGUUCUCACAGGAACCUUGCAGGUGACAGCUGGGGAGGUGCAGGCCAACCCUAUCACGCCCCAGCUGAUGGGCCUCCCUGUUGGAUGUGGCUCCACCUUGAAGCAGCCCAGGCCACAGCUGAGUGUACUUCCAGGCGCAAAAUGUAGCCUCCAGGGCUUCCCUGGUGGCGCAGUGGUUGAGAGUCCGCCUGCCGAUGCGGGGGACGCGGGUUCGUGCCCCGGUCCGGGAGGAUCCUACGUGCCGCAGAGCGGCUGGGCCCGUGAGCCAUGGCCGCUGAGCCUGCGCGUCCGGAGCCUGUGCUCCGCGGCGGGAGAAGCCGCAGCGGUGAGAGGCCCACGUACCGCAAAAAAAAAAAAAAAAAAAAAAUGUAGCCUCCAGCGGGCUCCUUGCCGGUAAGGGGUAAGGUGAUGGGGACUUGGUCACCGAGUUACCAAAUUAAUUCUAACGGGUCCCUGCUCCUCUCCAGGUCUGUUUUUUCAUUGGCAAAGGGACAAGCUGGGCUCCGUAAUCUUUAGGGGCCUUUUGCCCCUUGUUAUGACUACUCCAGGACUAAGUCAGUUCCGGAGUCUCCCUAGAACCGUUACAGACAAGAAAACUCAGGCUCAGAGGAGCAAGGAACCUAAAUCCACCCAUCCCUUCCGUGGGGGGAUUUUGAGAACAGAGGGUCAAAGUAAGCAAGUGCAGUAGAAAAAUUCUUUAUUGAAAAGGGAAGGGUGGCUGCCUUGCUGGUGCCUCCUGGGACCUGGCUAAAGGCGGGUUGCCACCGCUCAGCUCUUCAGGCAAGUCUCUGCACACCUUCCCCUUAAUAACCUUAAAGGGGAAGUGCUGUGGUAAAUCACAAUCAAUUCAGAAGAACAGCGCUUCCAGGCCCUUGCCUUUAAGAACUUCUUAAAGGCAAAGUGCACAAGUGUAGCAGAUCAGAGCCAGGACGCUUUAGGAAAGUCUCAAAGAAGCGGCUCCGUGUCUUUACCUUUAAGGAUCUCUUAAAGUUGAGGCAUAUUCGCGCUGAGUACAAAGGUGGAAAACUGUAAAGGAGUUUACAAAGCACUUUUCCAGUUCUUGCUUUUAGCAUCUCUUUACGGGAGAGGUGGUCAAGCGUGAAUUAACAAAAAAACAAAA